UUUUGGCUUGUAAGGAGCGGUCUCCCUCGCAGGACUCGAGCUCCAUGGCUUCCGCCUCCACCUUGGGGGGAACCCCGUACGGGACGCUGUCCUAUGAGAACUCUCGAAUACAGAGCCAUGACAACAUUGACCCUGGUGUCUCUCCCGCAUUCCUCAUGGUGGAUAUACGCUGAUUGGUUGGAUCGCCGCAUGUAUGGCUGAUUUGCCCCAGCGGGCCCCCACGCACUUUGUUCGAUAGACAGGAAGUACGGGGUAGAGAGUACGGGGUAAUGGGGUAAACCCGAUGGUCGCGACUGAACACUAAACACCCCACGGCACUAUUCCCACCACUGGGAUGAUCUAACGCUUCUCAUAUUACCCCCGUGUCUUUGGGACCUGGCCACAUGCAGAACCAUGCGGUGACACGUCCCCCCUCUUUCGCCUCGUGCAAGAACAUAAAGUGAUCUGCCAUCCCCCCCCUAUCUCCCGGUCAAAGUAAACUAGUGGCGACUUGUGAAUUAUUACUUCCAACUAGUCCCUGGUCUGGACUAACCUUCAUUCUUGUUUCUCGGUUGCUGUUGAAGACAAGGUCAUCGUUUGUUCACACUCACCAUGGCGCCAACUACGGGUGUCAUCUCCGACGUAGAGGCUAUGGGCGAAAAGGCCGAGAUGACCCAUGAGGAGGUGGUGCAUUUGGCCCAGUUGACGGAAGAGGAGAAAAUUCUCGAGAAGAAACUCUUGCGACGUAUUGAUUCACUGAUCAUGCCGCUGGUCGUGCUUGUUUAUCUGUUGAAUUAUAUUGAUCGAAACAACUACGCUGCGGCCAAGCUUCAAGGUCUUACGGAGGACCUCGGCCUAACGCCCACGCAGUACCAGACCGGUCUAUCGAUUCUAUUUGUGGGGUAUAUUCUGAUGCAAGUGCCGAGUAACUUGAUGCUGAACUACAUGGGCCGCCCGUCGUGGUAUCUGGGUGGUUUCAUCACCGCGUGGGGAUUGGUGUCGGCUUUGACUAGUCAGGUCAAGGGUUAUGGCUCGAUCGUGGCUUGCCGCUUCAUACUUGGACUGGUUGAGGCCCCCUUCUUCGCCGGCGUCCUGUUCUACCUAUCGAAAUGGUACACGAGGAAAGAACUGGCGUUCCGCAUGAGUAUCUUCUACUCGGGCUCCCUGCUGAGCGGUGCCUUUGGCAAUCUCAUCGCCGCCGGUAUCCUCAAGGGUCUCAAGGGCCAUCGCGGCCUGGCAGCCUGGCAGUGGCUGUACAUCAUCGAGGGUUCCAUCACCGUCUUCGUCGGCAUCAUCAUCUGCUUCGUUCUCCCCGAUUUCCCCGAGACCUGGAAACUGCUAUCCCCCGAGAUGCGCCGCGUCGCCGUACGUCGUCUGGCCAUCGAAGCCGCCGAGGCCGAUGUCGACGAGAAAGGCGGCAUGUCCCAGCUCAAGGGUCUUAAACUCGCCAUGACCGAUAUCAAGACUUACGUAUUAGCCGUGGCAUACAUGUGUAUCACCGGCGCGGCGGGUUUCCAGAACUUCUUCCCCACGCUGACCAAAACCCUGCACUACAACAACACCAUUUCGUUGCUGCUCGUUGCCCCGCCGUACAUCUUUAUGGUGAUUUACAGUCUGGCACACUCAUAUACCUCGGAUAAACUGGGCGUCCGCUUCUGGUUCCUGGUCUACCCAAUUCCCAUCUCGAUCCUGGGAUUCAUCCUCUUCUCAACAACCACCGGCUUCGCACCCCGCUACAUCUCCCUUUUCCUGAUGAUGUUCGUCUUCGCCCAAAACGGUACCUUGUACUCGUGGAUCGCCAAUGCGCUGCCCCGGCCACCCGCCAAGCGUGCCGCCGCAUACGCCUUUAUUAAUUCCAUCGGUAACUCGGCCAGCAUCUGGACCCCGUAUACGUACCUGGCCAACGAGUCGCCUAAGUUCUGGACCGCGAUGGGUGUGAAUAUUGGUCUGCAAGUGUUGGGUCUAUCGAUGGCGCUGUUUAUGUACUUCAAUCUGCGCAUGUUGAACAAGAGGCAGGAGAGAUUGGAGAACGAGGAUGUGCAGUUGACGGAGAAGGAGUUGAGGCGGUUGCAGAUUACGGCUGAUUUGGAGGGGAUCGACCUUGCGGCUGCGAGACGCUUGCAGAAGGGUUUCCGGUACGUGCUGUAAGGGCGGGAUGUUACAGA